AUGUUCACGAGCGUCUCAGAGCUGGCGCUACAAAGGGCGCAGAUGCGCAGAAAGAUGCAAGAGGACAAGGAAAGGAAGGAGCAGGAGCAGGCGCAGGAGAGAGCGCAGGAGAGGGAGCUUAUAGCUAUCGGAUACCAAGUCCCAGGGAAACAAGUCAUUGAAGGCACGAGGGAGUCAAGGAAGGAAAGCAAGGACAGCAUGCAAACCAUUCAGGUGGACCUGCGGCAACAGGCGAUGGAAGAGGACGAGGCAGAGUCCCCGCACACAGAAGAUAUCUUUCAAGUGUCUUCGACCUCCAGUCCCUCGGAGAUGAGCGAGCAGUCCGAGGCAGAACACAUGCUCACAGUCUCUUUCUCCCAUCACAUCUCGGACUUCAAGGACCACAUAGUGCCAAGGGCUCUGCAGGAUGAGGUCCAGGAUGCGUUGCAGGUAGAUAGGAAAAGAGUCGAUGUCGGGUUCGACGCGCAGGCGCUCAAGGCGACGGUAAGGUUUCAUCCUAGAAGGCACUGGUCCGAGCAGACAAGCCGUGAGCUCGAGUUUGAGUUGUUAAGGCUGAUCAACGAAGAUGCAGCAGCGAAGACUCACUGGAAGAUGUUGAGAUACGCCGUCAGAUGCUCUCCUGGCUCGCCAUCCCACACCUCCCCCAUAGGCCAGCAGGACGACGACUUCGAUGCCGCUGCCUCUCCGCCCUCUCCCGACAUCUCCCGAGUCUCGAGCGUUGACCAUCUUCAUGGACGACUGACCUCUGCCCAACUCUCUCAUGGACUCGCUCACGUUCACUUCGAUCAGCCGGCAGAGGAGGAGCAGGCGACGCUUUCGCCAGACAUCUCAGUGGAGGAAGAGGAUGAAGUGCUAUCGCUGCCAUCCGACCACGAGGAUCAGACGGCCUAUGCGUUCGACCUGCAAGUGGUCGAGGGCAGGAACUUCCCAAACUCCCAAGUCUUUGGUCUGAUCCCUCAGACGUUCUGCGCGGUCUCGUUGCUGUUUGCGGACAAGACGGAGGAAGAAGAGCUGGAGCUGGAGCACGGUAUUGAGUGUCAAGACUCACUGAGUAUGAACUCAUUCCAAGCCAACGGCCCGUUCAAGAUCAGACCGCAAGCAAUCACGAGGCAGGUCCGAGGCUUGUUUCCUGUCUGGAACGAGACCCACGUGCUGGUGGAGAAGAGACCCAGCUUCGUUGUGGUCAGGGACGACGAAUCACAACGAACAAUCAUGUCGACGGUGAACAACUCGCCACUUGACGGGCAGAACGUCCUUCUCCUUCUCAGUGUGCAUGAGCGAGCAAAGUUUGGAAGUCCCCCUCUACUCGGCAAGUGCGUGAUAGAGGUUCGUCCCGGCAACCCGAUCGAUGACUGGUUUCCUCUUUUCAAGCACAAGCACGAGCCUGUUCUCAACACAACUGAAGAUGCAGAGGCUGCUGUUAGGCUGAGAAUUGGUUUUCAGGUUGCAGAUGUAGCUACUCUGUCCAAGACAGUCAGCAGGCGAUCUGAAGACAGAGUCUCUCACGCGAGUGCAGGGACCAACAACAAGAAUACGAUCGCAAAAUCUUCUUUCAAGCACUCGAAACUCAAGAAUGGAAAACUGUCGGGACCACUAGAACAUUCUGCAAGAAGGUUUCUGGAGAGGAUUGCUGUCAAUUCAAGAAACGACAGCAAAAGAAAGAGCAAGGACGAGUCUGAGCCGGACAAAAACGAAAAAGAAGCCUUCCAAAGUAAGGCCUCGUCACCAUCCCAUGACAAUGCAACCAUGUUUGCUGUCGAAAUGUCCUUGAUCUCGGCUCAAAAUAUCCCUCAACGUUUGACAUGGCCCAAGGAGCCCUCUGUGUAUUGUACACUCUCACUUGUCAUGAUCCGGAAAGCAUCGUCUGGUGACGACGGCGAGCUGAAGCUCAUCUUACAGCAGAAGAUCGGCGAUAAGAAUGCAAGCCAAGGAGAGUCUGUAAGGUUCAAACAUGAGUUUUGCUCGAGUGUGCUCCAGAACUCAAACCCGAUUUGGAACGAACGAUUUGUGUUCAGCAAAGUACAUCAUUUUCAGCAAGGCGUGUACAAAGGCUGCAUGAGUCUGAACGAGAGAAUGUUCAGCAAACAUCUUGCAUUGUAUUUCAUGAUAUCUGUGUAUGAUCAGUUUCAAUUCGGAGCAGAUAGAGUCAUCGGUCAUUGUUUUGUUCGGUUGAGGAGAAAUCGUAGACUUGACGGUAAUUUUCCAAUCUUCAAUGACGUCAAGUCUGACCGCGAACGGGAGCUCGAUAUGGCAUCCGUGUGGGUAUGUUCAAAGUUUGUCCACAGGAAGAAAAAUUCUAUCUUGUACCAAAAUUUCCAGCGAGACGUAUCGGCCAUCGUCGGGGCAGACUUCGACCUGAGCAUUUCAGAGGACGAGGGAGCAGAGGAGGAGGGAAACAUGUCUUCACGGUCAAGUAUCGAGACGCCCAGGCCCAGAGUCUGGAAGGAUGCUCAACCCUUGACCAUCUCAGUGAACCCACACGAGCUGCGGCAGCACAAUCGAGUCUCCGAUCAGUUCAUGCACUCGAUUCCUCUCAGUUCACGUUUGACGCCUCGGCGAGCACAGGAGAAGUCCAGGGUGAAGUUCAUCUUUGAAGGAUGA